AAAAAUUGUAUUAGACGUUUGAAACUUAGUUGUGAUUGUCUUUUAUCGGCUUAGUCAAUUCUAAAUUAAACUUUUGGCAAACCAAGACGCGUCAAAAAUAAAACAGCUGUGUCUUUUCAUAUAGAGAAAGUUUCAGACUGAAUAAUGACAUCAGUGAUUCCCAAAUAUGGUUUCAAAGCUGAGGAUUUGAUAAAAGAAGGCAGAACUACGAAAUCGAAAAUCGAAGAAAUAAGAAAAUGGCUGAACUACACUACGAACAUUCCUCCAAUGUCCGACGAACAAAUAGUCUUGUUUUUGAUAGCUUGCAAAAACGUCACAGAGCUCACUCAGAUCACCAUAGAGAGCUACUUCAAACAAAAACAUGCGUCACCUGAGCUUUUCGCAGAUAGAGAUGUAGACAACAAGGAAAAUCAGUUCACACAUAAGGUUGCGCACAUUGUCGUAUUUCCCAAACGAACGAAAGAAAAUUAUGUCAUAGCGAUGGGAUCGUUGAAAGAUACCACAUAUUACAACUUCAAUAUUGAAUCGCAAAUCAAGGCAGCAUUCGCCCUAAUUGAUGUCUUUCUUCAUAGUGAUCCUCCAAAUGGACUAAUUUUUAUCAUCAAUAUAAAAGGGGUGGGUAUCAUGCAUUUGACCAGGCUGAAACUUGGUCCGCUACGAAAAUUCUUCGCUUACCUCCAAGAAGCUCUGCCGACUCAGCUCGUCAGAGUUCAUAUUCUGAACGCAUCGUACAUUUUUGAGAAAAUACUGGCCAUUGCCAAGCCUUUCAUGAAAAAGGAGUUGUUCGAUUUGAUAAUCGCGCAUCCUCCAGAAACUGACAUGGAGGAUUUUUUCGAAAAACACAUUCCAGCCCAUUGCAUGCCUGCUGAUUUUGGAGGUGAUCUGCCUACUAUGGAUCAGUUGAGUUUGGAUACUCAGAAGCGUUGGAGACAAGUUAAAUCAUUCCUAGAAGCUCAAGAAGAACAAGUCCGAUUGUACAAAAAUAAUAAAUAGUGCCUAUAAUAUGAUAAGUUCGAAUGGUUCAAGUUUUAUCAGCAAUAAUUUCAACUUAUUUUCAACAUUAUUUUUCAUUACAAAAUUAACGCUGAUGUAAU